GGAAGCCGCUCGUCGCAUUUGACAUGCGCACUACACGUCAAUGAAAAUAAAGCUGCGGAUUCAACCAUUAACCUGACAACAUUAAUAAUGGCCGUGUUUCGUGCGUGAUGGAAUGAUGGAAAUAUAAGACCAAAUUCCAGGUGUGGUACCAAACACUCUUCUACAUUGCAUGGACCCAAAACUGAUGCGCAGGGCCACCAGCGCACGCCAAGACGCCACUGGAAUGGACAUCACCAGCCGCUGCACUCUGGGGGACCCGAACAAGCUCCCCGAAGGGGUACCCCAGCCGGCGCGCAUGCCGUACAUCUCCGACAAGCACCCGCGGCAGACCCUGGAAGUGAUCAACCUGCUGAGGAAGCACCGGGAGCUAUGUGAUGUGGUGCUGGUGGUGGGGGCCAAGAAAAUCUACGCCCAUCGCGUCAUCCUUUCCGCCUGCAGCCCGUACUUCAGGGCGAUGUUUACUGGGGAGCUUGCAGAAAGCCGGCAGACAGAAGUGGUUAUUCGGGACAUCGAUGAAAGAGCAAUGGAACUGUUGAUUGACUUUGCCUACACUUCACAGGUGACUGUCGAGGAGGGCAACGUUCAGACUCUGCUGCCCGCAGCCUGUUUGCUCCAGCUCGCUGAGAUCCAAGAGGCAUGCUGCGAGUUCCUCAAGAGGCAGCUGGAUCCUUCUAACUGUCUGGGCAUCAGGGCCUUUGCUGAUACGCACUCCUGUCGUGAGCUGCUGCGCAUCGCGGACAAGUUCACCCAACACAACUUUCAGGAGGUCAUGGAAAGUGAAGAAUUCAUGUUGUUGCCAGCCAACCAGUUGAUUGACAUCAUUUCUAGCGAUGAACUCAAUGUGAGGAGUGAGGAGCAGGUUUUUAAUGCCGUCAUGGCCUGGGUGAAAUACAGCAUCCAGGAACGCAGACCACAACUACCCCAGGUUCUCCAACAUGUCAGACUACCACUACUCAGCCCCAAGUUUCUGGUGGGCACUGUGGGGUCAGACCCUUUGAUCAAGAGUGACGAGGAGUGCAGAGACCUGGUUGAUGAGGCCAAAAACUACCUGCUGCUGCCACAGGAAAGACCACUGAUGCAGGGCCCUAGAACCCGGCCAAGGAAACCCAUUCGGUGUGGAGAAGUUCUGUUUGCAGUUGGUGGUUGGUGCAGUGGCGAUGCCAUAUCCAGUGUGGAACGCUACGAUCCUCAGACCAAUGAAUGGCGGAUGGUCGCAUCGAUGAGUAAACGGCGUUGCGGAGUUGGUGUCAGUGUCCUGGAUGACUUGCUCUAUGCCGUGGGAGGGCAUGACGGCUCGUCCUACCUCAACUCCGUAGAAAGAUAUGACCCCAAAACGAACCAGUGGAGCAGUGAUGUGGCCCCAACUAGCACUUGCCGUACCAGCGUUGGCGUGGCUGUUCUUGGUGGUUAUUUGUAUGCAGUGGGAGGACAAGAUGGGGUUUCAUGUCUAAACAUCGUUGAAAGAUAUGAUCCUAAGGAGAACAAGUGGACCCGGGUGGCCUCCAUGAGCACCAGACGACUGGGUGUGGCUGUGGCUGUGCUCGGAGGGUUCUUGUACGCAGUGGGAGGGUCUGACGGAACGUCACCAUUAAAUACAGUGGAGCGUUACAAUCCUCAAGAGAACCGCUGGCACACAGUGUCGCCCAUGGGAACCAGGCGGAAACACCUUGGCUGUGCCGUCUACCAGGACAUGAUCUACUCCGUCGGAGGCCGGGACGACACCACGGAGCUCAGCAGUGCCGAGCGUUACAAUCCCAGGACCAAUCAGUGGUCUCCUGUAGUAGCUAUGACGUCCAGACGGAGUGGGGUGGGUUUGGCUGUGGUUAAUGGUCAGCUGAUGGCAGUGGGAGGCUUUGAUGGGACGACGUAUUUGAAAACUAUAGAAGUUUAUGACCCUGAUGCCAACACUUGGAGGUUAUAUGGAGGAAUGAACUAUCGACGAUUAGGAGGCGGAGUCGGCGUCAUCAAAAUGACUCACUGUGAAUCCCACAUAUGGUAAAACUGCUGCCCGCAGAGACGUUGAUGCACGCGUGGCAGUGGUGCCUCCAUUAAGGACUGUUACUUGUGUGCGGGUGAGUGGAAUGUUUUGGAAGGACAGAGAACUGUUUGUCUUCGAACAUUGACGUCACGAAGCCUCCAUAUUGGAGAAGCUGCUCUGCUUUAGGUCUCCCCCAGGUGACUUCACCGUUAAACGCUCUACGUCAAAGUGGGAUGCACCCUUAGGUGUGUGUGACCGAGGUUCAUGGGGGGCCACGUCUUUGAGCCUUAAAUAACCACAGUCAAGUCUUUCCGGUCCAGAUGGCCGCACGAGUGAGAAAAUAAAAACAAUCUAGCAAACCUC